CGUUCGAAUUUUUGCGUUUAUAAAAUAUCUACUGGAGGGCUCUACGCGGUACUUGUCAAAUCUCUAAUACUGCAUAGUAGAGGUAAUCAACGUAAGUUGCGAGUGGAGUUUCAUCGUUAUCAGCGCAGCGACUGCACAAAUUCACCAUGGUGACGUCUCCAUAUGAACGUGAGGAGCCCAAGCCGGCGCCCCCUGCCUACGGGUCGCGUGAAUACUGGGAACGACGCUACGAUCAGCAAUUCCAGACCGUCUCCCAGCCUGUGGCGGGUGAAGCCGAGGCGGACGAUGGCACCUUACCGUAUCACGCCUGGUAUUUUACGUAUCACGAUCUAAGACCAUUGAUCUUGCCUCUAAUUCUCGGAGGCCGGGAAGAAUCCCGCCAAAUUAUGGAAGGUGCUGGUCAGUUGGAGGGAACGAUUUCCAAUCGUGAAACGGUAUACCAAGAUGAAUCAACUGAGAGUUCAUUGAAAACUAUUGAUCUAGAGUCGGUGCGCAAGUCCAAAAAGGCAAGACUCAAUAACAGUCCUGGAUCUGGCGAUCCGUUGCCUCCAGACGACCCGGGUCACGACGGCAAAGUUCUCAUAGAAGAUAAUCCAAAUAACAGUAGCGAAGAAAUCGUUGAUAAUCGGUCUCUGGAGACUUCUGAUGAAGAUGACGAAGGAGACUGCGACAUUGUCGAAGAAGAGUGCGGUUCCGACAGCGACACCGAAGAACCAGCACCAAGAGACGGUUUGGCGAACUCUGGUCCUAUUUCUGUCAUCGAAAUCGGCUGCGGUGACGUCCCAUUAGGCGCUGGUCUCGCGUUGGAACUCAGAGAAAUGGAAAGUGAAACUGGACAGCCGGUAAACAGUAUCGCAAAACGGAUCGUGUGUACAGAUUACAGUUCAGUGGUCGUAAAUGCGAUGAAGGAGCAGUAUACAACGAAACCUGCUAUCGCAGAUUGCAACUCUCAUAAGUUUGUCGAAAUCGGGAACGUACAACUACACUUUGAAGAGGCGGAUGCACGGAAUCUUCCCUACGAAGAUGGCACUUUUGAGUUGGUGUUGGAAAAGGGGACGUUGGAUGCUAUGCUUUCUGAUAAAGAUGAAGGGGUACGAAACUGCAUCUCCAUUGUGAAAGAAAGCGGUAGGGUCCUGAAGGUCGGUGGCUACAUUGUACUGAUAUCUCAUCUGAAUGCACAUACUUCCAAAGGUCUGGGCUGGCUACAGGACGUGGUAUUCGAAGGACUAAAAAGAGCGGACACAGAGGCUACGUGGGAGAUAGAGGUACACGGAAACGAUGAAGCCGUCGCGGAAGACUCCGAAGCUGUUCCAGCUGGAUCUCCAGGACCAGCGGUGUACAUUAUUCAAAAGAAACCACCAUCAGAGCAUUCCGAAUGCAGCGCUGACAAGAAUCCUUUGAUGCCAGUUAAGUUUUACUCUUACUGA